CAAAAAAUAAACAACGUUCAGUAUCGGUCAAUGUGUUUAUGAAGUUGUUUUAUGAGCACUCAAAUAAUCAUCGUUAAGAAAAAUUUAAUGAAUGUGAAUUCUUUCUCUCGUAGUAAGUGUAGUGAAUCAAAAACUGGGUGGCAUUUUGAAGUCAAAGGCACUGUUCUUUGUUUCAUGGCAUUUGAAGAUAGACUACAAAAGAGCCCAAAAAAGGAUAAUUACAUAAUUUUAUCUAAUUUUUCUAGGAUCACAGUAAGGAAUUCAAGCAAAACAAAUCAUUUUUCAUAACUUAAAUGGUUUAGUAAUGACAGUUCUGAGCUAGUGUACUUCAAAGAGUUCUCCGUCAAAUUUAAAGUGGUGUCCAAGAUAAAUUUUAGACUAUGACACUUUAAUUUUGAAAAGAUUUUAAAAAAAUGACAGCUGAAAUUAAGAAGAAAGUUACUUCUGGGAUAAAGCAAAAAAUAAAAGAAGCUGGAUGGUCUGUGGUCAAAACUGCUGCCUUAUCUGCUGCUGUAACUGCAGGUGUAUCAUCAGCAUUCCCAGCUAUUGGUUUUACAAAUGGAAUCGUUGCAGGAUCUAUAGUAUCCAUUUAUCAACGGAACUACAAUAACGGAAAAAUAAUUCCUAGCCCUUUCUCUUUGAUGAAAAUAGUUGGGGUUAAAGGUUUAAUUGUUGUCACAAAAGUUGGAAUAACUGCAGCUACUGUUGCAACAACAGGGAUUUAUGGUGCAUGCAAAACUAUUUGGAAUAAGUCAAAAAGAAGAGACAACACUGAGGAAAAGUCUAAUGAGCUUAAAGAAAAUACUGAUAGUUGUAAUGAAGAAGAAGAAAAUGAGGAAAUAAAUGAGAUAAUACAAACUCUCCAAAUGGAAAAUACAUCAAUUGAUACAGAAUGGGUGAAUAUUCAACCAGCAGAAGAUGAGACACUUGUGACAGUUUCAUAGCAUAUAGAUAGAAGGCAGUUAUGGAAUGUUUUAUUUAUAAAUUUUAAUAAACCAUUAUUAAGUUUUUCUUUAA